CUCUUUGACGCCAUCUCUGUACCUGCUUUGAAGGUCUGAAUGCAAGAAAGCUGUGUGUUGGAUAAUUAGUGAUGGAAGAAAAAACCUCUAGGAGAACAGCAUCGAUACCCCAGUUUACUAAUUCCCCCACAAUGGUGAUCAUGGUGGGGUUACCAGCUCGAGGAAAGACCUAUAUCUCCACGAAGCUCACAAGAUAUCUCAACUGGAUAGGAACACCAACUAAAGUGUUUAAUUUAGGCCAGUACCGACGAGAGGCAGUGAGCUACAAGAACUACGAAUUUUUUCUUCCAGACAACAUGGAGGCCCUACAUAUAAGGAAGCAGUGUGCCCUGGCAGCCCUGAAGGAUGUCCAUGACUAUCUCAGCCAUGAGGAAGGUCAUGUUGCGGUUUUUGAUGCCACCAACACAACCAGAGAACGACGGUCACUAAUUCUGCAGUUUGCUAAAGAACAUGGUUACAAGGUCUUUUUCAUUGAGUCCAUCUGUAAUGACCCUGGCAUCAUUGCAGAAAACAUCAGGCAAGUAAAACUUGGCAGCCCUGAUUACAUAGACUGUGACCGAGAAAAGGUUCUGGAAGACUUUCUAAAGAGAAUUGAAUGCUAUGAGGUCAACUACCAACCCUUGGAUGAUGAACUGGACAGCCACCUCUCCUAUAUCAAGAUCUUCGAUGUGGGCACACGAUACAUGGUGAACCGAGUACAGGACCACAUCCAGAGCCGCACAGUCUACUAUCUCAUGAACAUCCACGUCACACCCCGAUCCAUCUACCUAUGCCGGCAUGGAGAGAGUGAACUCAACCUCAGAGGCCGCAUUGGAGGUGACUCUGGCCUCUCAGCUCGGGGCAAGCAGUACGCCUAUGCCCUGGCCAACUUCAUUCAGUCCCAGGGCAUCAGCUCCCUGAAGGUGUGGACCAGCCACAUGAAGAGGACUAUCCAGACAGCUGAGGCCCUGGGUGUUCCCUAUGAGCAGUGGAAGGCCCUGAACGAAAUUGAUGCGGGUGUCUGUGAGGAGAUGACCUAUGAGGAAAUCCAGGAACACUACCCUGAAGAAUUUGCACUACGGGACCAAGAUAAAUAUCGCUACCGCUAUCCCAAGGGAGAGUCCUAUGAGGAUCUGGUUCAGCGUCUGGAGCCAGUUAUAAUGGAGUUAGAACGGCAGGAAAAUGUACUGGUGAUCUGUCAUCAGGCUGUCAUGCGGUGCCUCCUGGCCUACUUCCUGGAUAAGAGUUCAGAUGAGCUGCCGUAUCUCAAGUGUCCUUUGCACACAGUGCUUAAACUCACACCUGUGGCUUAUGGCUGCAAAGUGGAGUCCAUCUACCUGAACGUGGAAGCCGUAAACACACAUCGGGAGAAACCUGAGAAUGUGGACAUCACCCGAGAACCUGAGGAAGCUCUGGACACUGUCCCUGCCCACUACUGAGCCUUUUCUAAGAAGUCAAACCGCCUUAGCUCUAUCUCUCACCUUUAAGAGCUUCUAUCCUUGCACUUCUUUUACCUUAAG